ACAUAGAGGCGUCCAAACAAAAGGACCGUCUAUUGUUGCAUGACGCCGCGUGGAAACUAUUAUUUAUUUGUAAAUAAAUCAGACUAUAUGAAUUAAGAGUGCAGUUGAAAGCAUUCAUUAGUCUCGAGUCGCGGCACCGCAAGCACGUCCCUCAGUAUUGCAAGCGUCGACUAUGCGUGGUCCAGCCGUGCUAUUUGUGGGUUUCAUAUUCUUCGCUAGUGGAUUAACAAAACCAGUAAAAAAAAUUAGAGUGAGGCAUGUGCAGCAGCAUGACGUCAGCCCAGAGACUAACUCUAGCUCUAUCAACGGCAUGAUGAAUGCGUCUAAUGAAAAAGACAAAAUCUUCGAUGUAAGUAAUGUGAAGGCGUUAGAUGUUCUUGGAGAUAGACUUUUGAAUAAAGUAAAAGAAAGAUCACUUGUAAAAAUAAUCAAAAAAUCCAAGAGGCCUCGAUACAAAUUAAGAGAUUCAAUUUUGGAGAAUGAUAUAUUUUCAGUUGCUGGACCGGAAACAAACAAUAACACUGUCGUCACAUUCAAUGAAAUAUUUAGUGCUGCCAAGGCCGGGUUGAAAUUAGUGACCAAAAACUUGACUAUCGCAGAGAACAUGUCGACGAACAACAUGGAGAAAAAGAACGAGUUUAUAAAUACAUAUCUACCUUUAAAGACUCUUACCAAUGGCAGUGAAGUAGAAAUAAUAAAAAAUACAAUUCUACGCUCUAAGUCACAAGGAGGGCAUAAGCCACCUAAUAAUGCAAUAAGCGAUAAGAGUGACCAGGCGUCAUCGAGAAGAAACUUGAAACACCAGGUGAGGAAAUACUUUAGACUCCACAGUUCCGUUCCGAAUGAGCUCGAAGCACAAUCCGUAGUGUCAAAACCAAAACUAGAUAUUAUUUGGAGUCCAGAGAACGGAGCAACUGUCGAGCCGGUACUAAAGACUGACAACGGCCCAUCCGGCACUACACUGGCUCCGCGAAUUCAAUCUAUAGUGCUGCGGUGGAACUUGAUACUGGUAUGAGGAAACAGUAUUCAAAAAUCAUCUUAAAUAUAAUACUCCUAGUUCGAUAAAUAUCCUCAUUUUUAUUUGGACGAUAUAACGUGCAUCAUGUUGCAGAUGCAUGCUGCAUAAUGUAUUAUCGAACGUUAUCAUUAAAUUACGUAUCUCGUAAUGUCGUUAAAGAGACUGCAUACGUGUCGUUUUCCCUUACACUUAAUGCAGAGGACUGGUGCGAAUAUUAACAAGGAUUUCUUAAAUUUGUCUCACAGAUAGUGCACUUCAUGUCGAUACGAGACAAGCCCGGUCAAACGGCUGUCCCUUUAGCAUCGAGGUUUUAUGUGCUGAUCUACUAGAAUUUUGCUAGUUUUUUUUUAAUAAGUACCUACCGUUGUUAUUUCUUUCAUCUAUCUUAUCGUAUCUUUUUUAAUGGUGUAUUAUUUAUAGUUGCAGUUGUACGUCUUUCGUUUUGUUCUUUGUAAUAUUCUUUAGUUAACUUCAUAAUAGGUAUCAAUAUGUCCAUAGAAGGCUAAAAUAACAAAAUAAAUGACUGUUAAUGUGAGUCCGGUAAAGCAAUAUAUAUCAUAAGUUUAAGUAUUACUUAAAGGUUUAUAUUAGUUAUGUUAAGUAUCACUAAGAAACUAUGUUGUUAAUUAAAAUAGCUUAAGGAUUAGCUGAGUUUUUUUGUUCUAAUUAAGAGGUUUUUUGUUGACUGGUUUAAUUGUAGUAGCGAUUGAUGUACAACUCGUACCCGCUGACAAAUUAGUAAAAUAACGAGAGUGCAAAAAAAUACAGGAAAUAUAUGCUUCAACUCUGAGUGAAUUCUCGUUUGAUAAGUAUUUCAAAACACACGAGGGUUAGCUGUAGCUAUAGUUCGAGAGUGAAUUUGAACAGAACAAUAAACUAAGCACCAUUGUCAAUGCCUAUAACCUCGCAUAGGAAGAUCUAGUCUCG